AGUAGUUGGAGGGAUACUUUAGUUCAGUAACCAGGACAAAUUAUUCUAUUUAGCGUAGAGUAGCAGUACUUUUCUUCAGAUUAUAAUGAUGCAGCUGGUGGUUUUGUUGUCUGUCGUGCUCUCUGUGCUUUACAGCCGGGAGACGGACGCCUGUCCUGACGGGUGUAGCUGUGGUAACUCGUCUGAGUGUGAUGGGACUUAUGUUGAUUGUGCUUAUAAAGGACUGAGCGGAGUACCAACCAACAUCUCCACGGACACGUGUCAUCUAGAAUUGGGCGGCAAUCAAAUAACAGUAAUACCGAAUGGGAUAUUUGAUAUUAUGGUGAAUUUACAGUAUCUAUACUUGUACACCAAUCAAAUAACAGUAUUACCGACUGGGAUCUUUAAUACUCUGGUGAAUUUAAAGUAUCUAUACUUUCACGAAAAUAAAAUAACAGUAUUACCAGAUGGGAUGUUCGAUACGUUGGUAAAUUUACAGCGUCUAAUUUUGUCCUCCAAUAAAAUAACAACGUUACCGGAUGGGAUCUUUGAUACGUUGGUAAAUUUACAUGAACUGUAAGUAUCUCUAUAUACUAUUAUGUACUGUAUGAUAACUUAAUAAUAUCUACAUUUUCAGAGUAAAUUUAAGAGAACGCUUUGAUGUGAAAUAUUUAUGAAAUGUCCUUUAUCACAGUGUAAGGGACGCACUAUCUAUAUUAACCCCUCUAUAUUUCUCUUUCUUCAUCUCUCUAUCACUAUAUGAUCUCCCUAUGAGACUCCGUGAAACGGUAGUUGUCUCUUUUCUUAACAAUCAUAAUUGCUUGAUGAUUACGUCGCACAUCAUUGAUAUCAUAUUUGUUAUCAUAAACUGUUUUAAGGUAGCUUAGUUUAAGUCCGGCUUCAUAGAAAGAUUCAUUGUGAAAGCUCAUUUAAUCGAUCGUGUGCUACCACAAUGCGGAUCAACAGUAACGUUAAAAUCAGCCUAAAUUUGAGUAUAGGCCGUGUAAGUCAAUCUCGCGUGACUCGAGAUUUCGCCUAAACAGUUACUUCCGCGAACAAAUAUACAUGGCGAUGUCCUUGCGCUAUUGGGCUUCAUAUAUUGAGGGUUGUACAAAGCUAUAACGAUGGUCAGAGAACUCUGUGAAUAGAAACUAUGUUUAUCUCCCUCAUGCAUAGCUCUUAUCCUUGGACGAAUUUGGGUCCACUUGUUUGGCACGCUGUUUUUGGCUAUAUUUAGAUCUAAACCUUCAUAGUUAUUUCGGAUUUCAAACAUUUCGAUUGAGCAUCACUGAAGAGACAUUAUUUGUCGAAAUGCGCAUCUGGUGCAUCAAAAUUGGUACCGUAUAAGUUUUAAAUUUCUCUAUGAUGAGGAAAAUGGGGUGAUUACGGGAACAGUUCAGGGCAGCAUGAGGAACCUAGCAUAGAAAGUAAUGGUAAGUAAACAGUACGAUGUUUUUCCAUGCAUGCAUCGUGCAACUCUGACAACUGGUGACUAAAGAUAAUGCCGAAAUUUAUUAAAUACAUUGUAUGACGAUGUAUGUUUAAUUACAUUUAUUAAGAUAAAAUAUUUGCAAUCUAAGUAAAAUCAUAUCUUCUCCAACCGUUAGUAGGGAUAUCUGCUUUUAACUAUAUUGGGGGGUGAGGGAACUCAUCGAAAUUCGAGGGGUUAUUAAAAAUAUCCGGCCUCAACUACUAUCUUUGAGAGUAGUAGGUGUGUGUGCAGCAAACAAUAGAUAAUUCCUAAAUCUUACAACUUUAACAUUUCCUUCUUUUUAUAUAUUACAUUAGAUUGAAUUGGAUGAUGAUAUCGUUAAAUCUUCUUCCUGUGAAUGCGUCUUGACGGAUUACUCAUCAUGUCACUGCGGUUCUUCUCUUUCGAUACAGGAAUGUUAGUAAGACUGAUGUGAGAUGUAGUUGGUUGAAACGCCCAAAGUCUCAACCUAAGAAUAUUGAGACAAUUGAGGAAAUGUAUCCACCUUCUGAUCCAACUUAUAGGAUUGUGACUACAUGAAUCUGGAGUUAUAGGGGCUUCUCCUGAUGGAAUUGUCAAUCAUCAGCCAUGUUGCCCACCAGAUAUUCUGCAUUUCCAGUCAGGGGCAGCUAAGUACUUGAAACCUGACCUGACUGAAGUUAAGUUCCCAUACUGAGCUAGAGAUAUGAAGAUAGCAGAUGCAGUUGAAGUUGUCAAAGAAUUUUUCCUUA